AUGGACUUCCUUCAUUCGAAUCUGGCUGCAAUUCAGCAUAAGCUGGCCUUUGUGGCAGUAGAGCCCAUUAAUUGGAAAUUAUACGUCCAGUCGUUCUCUUGGACCGUGACUCUCUGGGAGUGCUACCUGCUCUUGCGUCAGUAUCCCCUUUAUUCGAAAAAGGAGCCACCUUCGGCCCUGGCCCCGCAUCUAGGCGCGGACGUUUUCGAAAAGUCGCAAAAAUAUGGCAAAGAAAAGGCCCAAGUGGCAUUAUUCUCCAAGUUGUACAGCCAGGUCUUAGACUCGUUGUUGCUUCACUUUGGGUUCUAUGCUUGGUGCUGGGAUGCAUCAGGGAGGAUCUUGGCCAGGGUAGGAUACGGUUCUGAGUAUGAGAUCUUACAAUCUAUAGGAUUCUCCUUCUUGCUUUAUUUUGUAUCAUCGUUGCCUACACUCCCGCUCUCCAUCUACUCUACUUUCGUCUUGGAAGAACGACACGGGUUCAACAAGACCACACCUGGCCUCUUUGUAGCGGACAUGCUGAAAUCAUGGGCUGUCGGAAUAGUGCUUGGAUCACCCUUCCUCGCUGCAUUCUUGUACAUCUUUAAAUGGGGUGGCGACCGUUUCGUCCCUUGGCUCAUGGCCUUCAUGUUGUCUUUCCAGAUGAUUAUGGUUGUUCUCUAUCCCACUGUGAUCCAACCUCUCUUCAACAAACUCACUCCUCUCAAAGACGGCGAACUCCGUGCUCGUGUCGAGUCUUUAGCUGGAAAACUCAAGUUUCCACUGAAACAUCUAUAUGAGAUUGAUGGCUCGAAGCGUAGUUCACAUAGCAACGCGUACUUCUUCGGACUUCCUUGGAGCAAGCAUAUCGUCAUCUUUGAUACCCUGAUGGAACAGAGCUCACCGCCUGAGGUCGAAGCUGUCCUUGCGCACGAGCUCGGCCACUGGUACUACCUCCACCCUACCAAAAUGAUGAUCGUAUCCCAAUUCCACAUCUUCACCAUCCUCGCUCUCUUCCCUGCUUUCCUCCAUGCUCCGCCCCUCCUUCGAUCCUUCGAUUUUCCCAAGGCUGUAGCUGCCCAACCCCCCACAAUUGUUGCGUUCUUGAUCUUCCAGAUGAUUUUAACCCCGCUUGAGGCGGUGAUCAGCAUCGGGAUGAACGCACUGAGUAGACGGUUUGAGUGGGAGGCAGACAGAUUUGCGUGCGAGCUACAGGAUAAGCUUGGGGAAGAGAGCAUGAAGGACAUGGGUGAGAGGCUGGGGAGGGCAUUGAUUACGCUUCAUGUGAAGAAUUUGUCGACGGUUUGGGUGGAUUGGCUGUAUUCGGCGUAUCAUCAUUCUCAUCCAACCUUGACUGAGAGGCUGAAGGGCUUGGAGAUGUAUCAAGCCAGUCGGGAGAAGAAGAAGGACUAG